UCGAAAAAAUACUUCAAGCUUCGGGAACGAUCUGGAUCAACUUCUUGUUCGCAGCCGGCAGCAAAUCAUAGAAUUUGACCGUAAAUUAGCCUCUCUUUCAAUACGCUGAUGGCGCGAUUGUCGCGACCAACUUCAUCCCCGUGAGAUAGGAGCCUGCCUGCCGAGUGAGGAGAAGUUCUCAACAUUGUGAUCUGUGUUCGAAGAUCCGAGCAAGCGAGGCGAGUCAUUAGAUUUUAAAGAGUUCUUGUGCCAUCGGAUCGAAUAUUUUCACCAUGAACACGUUCGGCGCCCUGAAGUAUCUCGAAGCGGAGCAGGCAGUCGUAGAAGAAAUCGCUCUAAGCCUCAAAGACCAAUUGAACAAAUUGAAAGUAGAAGAGUUGGCUAUCCGUGCGGCAAUUCGACGGAAGAUGAAGGAAAGCCAGCAGAUUCUGACCGACCAGGUACAUCAAAGCGGUAUUGGUCAGCCGCUGCGAGCCGGUUUUCCGGAACCCUCAUUCAAUGUAGAGCCGCAGCGGUCCACCAGGCCACCGACUGAAGGGCCGGCUCCAUCAAUUCUCGACGGUCCUGGAUUCUCAGCGCAGAGCAUACCGACGUCGAAGCCUAUAGAAGUCUCAAUAAACGAGGCACUGGAUAUGAUCAAACGGUAUCGUGAGGGCGAUCCACUCUCGCGAUUGGAAGAAGAAACGAUGGACACGUUCGGUGGAGAAUCGACAGAUCUCGAGGACGCAGAGCUGGAGGCUGAAAUCGACGAGGAAACGGAAAUGGAGGAGCCAACCACCAACGUAGUGAAUCCCGACUUGGAGUUCCUCGAUCUACGCCAAGCCGAAACAGAUGAGGUCGAAGAAUUUUGAUGGGAAUUUUCGCUACAAAUCCCAGUGGAAAGUUCGGAAAUGAGAUCGUCGGAAUCUGUGAUAUUAGACUGCGCUUCCAUAUUUGUCGAUGUCAGAGGGAUUCGCAUGCUUCCUGAGUGAAAUGGUAUGUUUUUGGGGACAUGGUUCGUUGCUGGAGCA